UCUUUCCCCUCGUCCAAGCCUCGGCCUCUUUAUAAGACCUACCCGCUAUCAUCCCCUCACCUCCAAAGCCGCCUCUCCUGCCAACCCCAAAUCUCCCUUUGCAACUCUCGAAUCUCCCCCCCAAGCAUCGACCAUGUCGGCCUACUGCGGCAAGUACAAGGAUGAGCUCAUCAAGAACGCUGCCUACAUUGGCACCCCUGGCAAGGGUAUCCUCGCUGCUGACGAGUCCACCGGCACCAUUGGCAAGCGCUUUGCCAGCAUCAACGUUGAGAACGUCGAGGACAACCGCCGUGCUCUCCGUGAGCUCCUCUUCUGCACCCCUGGUGCCCUCCAGUACAUCAGCGGUGUGAUCCUCUUUGAGGAGACCCUGUACCAGAGCACCAAGGCUGGCAAGCCCUUCGUUGAUGUCCUCAAGGAGAACAAUGUCCUCCCUGGGAUCAAGGUUGACAAGGGUACCAUUGAGAUUGCUGGAACUGACAAGGAGACCACCACCCAGGGCCAUGAUGACCUUGGCAAGCGCUGUGCCAAGUACUACGAGGCUGGUGCCCGCUUUGCCAAGUGGCGUGCAGUCCUCAAGAUUGGCCCCAAUGAGCCAUCACAGCUUUCCAUUGACCUGAAUGCUCAGGGUCUGGCUCGUUAUGCCAUCAUCUGCCAGGAGAACGGUCUGGUGCCCAUUGUUGAGCCUGAGAUCCUUGUUGAUGGACCUCAUGACAUUGAUCGUUGUGCUCAUGUGACGGAGGUGGUCCUUGCUGCCUGCUACAAGGCACUCAAUGAGCACCAUGUCCUCCUCGAGGGUACCCUUCUGAAGCCUAACAUGGUCACCCCUGGUUCUGACUCCAAGAAGGUGGCUCCUGAGGUCAUUGCUGAGUACACUGUUCGCACUCUCCAGAGGACCGUCCCGCCCGCCGUUCCUGCCAUCGUCUUCCUUUCUGGAGGACAGAGUGAGGAGGAGGCGACCCUGAACCUGAACGCCAUGAACAAGCUCCAGACAAAGAAGCCGUGGUUCCUGUCCUUCUCCUUUGGGCGUGCCCUCCAGCAGAGCACCCUCAAGGCCUGGGCUGGCAAGGAGGAGAACAUCGAGAAGGCCAGGCAGGCCUUCCUGGUGAGGUGCAAGUCCAACUCUGAGGCCACUCUCGGCACAUACAAGGGUGAUGCUACUCUUGCUGAGGGCGCUUCUGAGAGCCUUCACGUCAAGGACUACAAGUACUGAUCUGCCUUCUGGUGCUGAUCCGUCUGGCCUUCUGCCUAUGAGUAUUGUUUGGUUUUCAGAGUCCUAUCUUCGGAUAUCGAACCUCUUUUUAAUAAUAUGCAACUUGCAACUUUCAUGUUACCCUAGUAGGUUUUUGGUGCUGAAUCCCCUGUAAUUCAGGUGCUGCGUAUGGUAAAUUGGAGCAGCAGGUUUUUGUUCUACCGUCCUGUAAUUUUGCUGCUUUAUGCUACAAUGGUGAAACCUUUUAUAUGCUGAGUAGAUGUGUGUUCAGUAA